AUGUUGGAGGAAGAGCAGAAGAGGUGUGUCGGUCUCAGCCAGGUGAACGCCCUGCUCAGAGAACAGCUGGAACAGGCUGGCUCAGCCAAUCAGGGCCUGACGGAGAGCCUACGCAGAGCCAGUGAAGACGUGGAGCAGAAAGAUGCUCGGCUGCGCAAAGAACAGGAGACGCGUGCCUCCCGGGUGGGUCGUGAGCAGGCCCGUGUGAGGGCCCUGUGGCGGCAGGCAGCCUCCCUACGGAGCACCUUCACCCAGCUCAGGACCUUCGCUGACAGGAGUCUGUCUGACAUACGUGGGGAGUGUGUGACUGCGAGCCGUCGUCUACAUGUGGCCUGUAUGUCUCUGGAGGCCAGUGUGACCCAGCACAGCGCCCCUAGUGGCCCGGAGGUGUCAGAGCUGGAGAGGCAGCUGAGGGACAAGCUGAGGGAAGCCAUGCAGCUGCAGGGACACUGGGACGCGGAGAAAGUAGAGCUCAACUCCAGAAUCCUGGAGCUGACAGACAUGGUGAAACAUCUCAGAGCCCAGAACAGUGAGAAGGAUACAGGCCUUGCCGCCAUGCAGACCAGUCUGGACACAAUGGAGACGAGCAGAGCGGAUGACAGGGCAGAGAUGGACGACUAUCUCUCAGAGAUAGACAUCCUUCAGAAGGUCCUAACCAGCAUCACACAGCUGGUCGAUGGUGAUGGGGAUUGUACACCCUCCUCCUCCUCACCUCUCAGGGGCCGCUCUCCCCAAUGCAACAGCACCCUGAUGGCUGUCCAAGGUCUCCAGAUACAAACACAGGACCUGCGUAGCCGGCUGGAUGCAGCUCUGGAGCAGGUAGAUACUCUGCGUAGUCAUCUGCAGGAAGGGGAGGAGGAGAGGAGGGACCUGGAGGGGAGGAUCCAGGAGGUGCAGAGGGAGAACCAGCAGGCUGGUAGGAGUCUGGAGGACAGCCACAGAGACAACCAGAGAUUCCGCGCCUCCCUGGACCUCCUCAACAGUGAGAAGGCCAGCCUGGAGAAGCUGAUUGUGGGACUCCAGCAGCAGACAGAGUCCCUGGGGGCAGAGCUGGAGGUGAUGAGGGGGUCGGCUGGGGAUCUCCAGAGACAGAGAGACCUGCUCCGCCAGCAGAGAGACGACAUGGAGAGGCAGCUGGAACGCCAACGCACCGAGGCCCAGAGAGGUGAGCGGAGUCUGGAGCAGCUGGAAGGAAAGAACAGUGACCUGCGCAGGGAGCUGGUGACAGUCAGGGAGGCUCUGAGUCAGGUCACCCUGCAGAAGGAGGUCCUAGAGGAUGAGAAGAGUAGCCUCGCCCUGUCUCUCAGCAAGGUCACCCUGCAGAAGGAGGUCCUAGAGGAUGAGAAGAGUAGCCUCGCCCUGUCUCUCAGCAAGCAAGUCAGGGAGGCUCUGAGUCAGGUCACCCUGCAGAAGGAGGUCCUAGAGGAUGAGAAGAGUAGCCUCGCCCUGUCUCUCAGCAAGGUCACCCUGCAGAAGGAGGUCCUAGAGGAUGAGAAGAGUAGCCUCGCCCUGUCUCUCAGCAAGGUCACCCUGCAGAAGGAGGUCCUAGAGGAUGAGAAGAGUAGCCUCGCCCUGUCUCUCAGCAAGGUAACUAACCCCUGA